AUGGUUGGACACCAUGACAGUUAUAACUGCUUUCCUAGUAACUGGAAGAAGUCUGAAAGACUCAAAACAGGGGGUUAUGAUAUGAAAGCAAAGGCUGCAAGAGCUUAUGAUUUAGCUGCACUCAAGUAUUGGGGCCCUUCGACCCAUAUCAAUUUUCCGCUGGAAAACUGUCAACAAGAACUUGAACAUAUGAAGAACAUGACCAGACAAGAAUAUGUUGCUCACUUAAGAAGAAAAAGCAGUGGCUUCUCAAGGGGUGCUUCAAUGUACAGAGGAGUCACAAGACAUCAUCAACAUGGACGCUGGCAAGCUCGGAUAGGCAGAGUUGCAGGAAACAAGGACCUUUAUCUAGGGACAUUUAGCACCCAAGAGGAAGCUGCUGAGGCCUAUGACGUAGCAGCAAUAAAAAUUUCACGGGGAAUAGUAUGUAUCCCGAGCAGUUGACUCGUCUCAGUUGUGAACUACAACUCUUUAUGAGUUCAAGAAGAGCAUACAGUCUCUAAUGUUUUUGUAGUGGAAGUGGAUAGAACUAUAGAUAGACCUGUGGAUAGAACCAUAGAUAGACCUGUAGA